CUUCACAGGCGGGCUCGAUCACCACAAAUCACCUAAGCGGAGAAAACUGGAUAGAUCCAAGCAAUCAUUUGUUCAGCUGAACUUGACGCAUACAAAAUAACACAUUCUCGUAGCUUGGAUGUUCAAUUUGCUCAGUGUUUUAUCUCUGGUCCGGUUUAAUUCCAGUUUUAGAUUCUAGCGUCAAAAGUCUUUGAGGGAGGUAAUUUCUUGUAAGUUUAACGCGAUGGCUGUGAACGUGCAUUGUACCAGUGUGACAACGGAUAAUAUGUCCCGGAUGGACAUGUUGGCAUGGGUCAAUCAGACGCUGAUGUCAGAUUUCAAGAAGGUGGAAGAACUCUGCACAGGUGCCGCCUACUGCCAGCUGAUGGACGUACUGUUUCCGGGCUGCAUACCACUGAAACGUGUCAAGUACUGCACCAAUCUGGAUCACGAUUUCAUAAACAAUCUGAAACUGUUUCAAAACGCACUCGUCACAAUGAAGGUGGAUAAAUCCGUCCCGAUCGAUCGGCUGGUCAAGGGUCGGUUUCAGGACAACUUUGAGUUUCUGCAGUGGUUUAAGAAAUUUUUCGACGCCAACUACGACGGAAAAGAGUACGACGCACAGGCAGCUCGCCAUAACGCCCCCAUGGGCUAUGGAACGCCGAAUGCGUUGAAGCCGAGCCAGAAGGCAAACGUCACGGGACAUGGGGGAUUGAAUAAGGUUCGCUCUUUUGACAAGAAAUAUGCUCCCGCAGCUGCCCACGCUAAGGCUUCGAAGGUGGUUACCGACACUAGUAAGGCUUUGUUGGAGAAGAUGCACAGUCUGAUGGAGGAAAAGGACGAGUUGACUGUGAAGGUACAAACUAUGGAAAUCGAACGGGACUAUUAUUAUCAGAAGUUGACGCAGAUUGAAGCUUUAAUUUCCGAAGAAGAAUCGCCCGAGAGUCAAGCAUUUUGUGAUCGUGCCAAAGAAAUUAUGUAUGCCGAAGUUUAGAAACUAAUUUAGAAUUUUGUAGAAAGUUUUGUGUUUGGUCGUGAUAAGUAAUUGCGGUGUGAUAAAAAAAGAGUUGCCAUACUUUUCCAUAUUUAUUUCUCAUCUUUUUCAAUAAAAUAUUUUUCAAUAGACUUGAUGGAUAUUUGAGAA